UGGCUCGCCAAACACUGUGACAGCCUAGGAGCCAAGGCUCGUCAGCUGGAGUACGUUCUCGCAAAACUGGACUUCCUGAUGAGAGUUCAGCAGUGUGUGGACAAACCAACCGCUGUGCUGGAGUGUAUGCGCAGUUUUGUACCCUACGCCAAGGAGUUCCCCGCAGGUCUGUCUGCAUCCUUUAAACAUGCACACCUACUGAAAAGUUAG